AUGACGGCGUCUCUUCUAAAUUCAUCUGUCUUUCUCUUCACUCUAACUCUCUACUUCUCUGUUUCCCUGGCUACCUUAUCUUCCAUUCUUGAUGUUACACCAGGUUCUGAAGAUUUUAUCAGCUGCAUAGAAUCCAACUCCAACAAUUUCACUUCCGACUCUCAACUCAUUUUCACCCCUGUCAAUGCUUCUUUCCUACCCAUUUGGCAAGUUGCAGUCCAAAACACAAGGUUCCUUAAACCUUCCACUCCAAAACCAUCGGUCAUUGUGACACCUAUGAAUGAAACACUCAUCCAAACAGCUCUCUAUUGUGCCAAGAAACAUGGCUACGAGGUCAGGAUCAGGAGUGGUGGUCAUGACUUUGAGGCCCUCUCGUACACAGCUGAUGUGCCGUUUGUUAUGAUUGAUUUCACCAACAUGAGGUCUAUAGAUGUGGAUGUAGCAAACAGCAUCGUGUGGGUCCAGGCAGGCGCUACGCUUGGUGAACUCUAUUAUGCUAUUUCGCAGAAAACCGACACCUUGUUUUUCCCUGGAGGCAUUUGUCCCACGGUGGGUGUUGGCGGGUACAUAGGCGGUGGUGGCUAUGGAAACCUAUUGAGGAAAUACGGUCUUGCUGCUGAUAAUGCUUUGGAUGUUCGCUUCAUGGAUGUAAAUGGAAACAUUCUCAACAGGAAGAAGAUGGGUGGAAAUUUGUUUUGGGCGAUUCGAGGAGGUGGUGCUUCCAGUUUUGGAAUUGUUCUUGCAUGGAAACUGAGGUUGGUUCCGGUUCCAGAAAAAGUAACCGUCUUUCUACUGAACAAAACUUUGGAAGAAGGUGUAACCAAAAUUUUCUAUAAAUAUCAAUACCUUGCUCCAACUUUUGAUAGAAAUUUGCACAUAAGAACUCAGGUGUUUAGCGAAUAUAUCGGCAACAGUACCAAGAAAACCAUCCGGAUUUUGUUUGAAGGAAUCUAUCAGGGCCCAAGUGAUGCAUUGCUUCUAUAUUUGGACGAACGUUUUCCGGAGCUCGGUGUCACAAAAGAGAUCUGUGAAGAAAUGACUAGCGUCCGGUCGACACUUGUGUUUUGGGGCUUGCCAAGCUCCACCCCGAUCGAGAUUCUCACGAACCGAUCAGCCAUAACCAAGCUGAAAUUCAAAGGUAAAUCAGACUAUGUCCGAACACCAAUCCCCAUAAAAGGGCUUAGAAAGAUCUGGAGUAAAGUUAUGGAAAACGACGGAUCAGGGCUUUUGAUGAUAAAUCCUUUUGGCGGGCGGAUGAAUGAUUACUCAGAGACAGCAAUUCCAUAUCCUCAUAGAGUUGGGGUGCUGUUACAGGUUUUCAAGUCUGUAUAUUUUGACGGUCAAACAUCAGACACGACCCCUACAUCGCUCUCAAGGUUAGCUUGGCUGCAAAGCUUGGAAGAGUUAUUGACCCCUUAUGUGUCAAAACACCCGAGAGAGGCCUAUUUCAACUACAAUGAUCUUGAGUUGGGUGUUGGAAAUGCUAAUUAUGAGGAAGCAAGUGUUUGGGGCGAGAGGUACUGGAAGAGGGACAAUUUCAAGAAGUUAAUUCGAAUCAAGGCCAAAGUUGAUCCACAUAAUUUCUUUAGGCACCCACAAAGUAUCCCAGUUUUCUCAUCACCUCUCUCAAGUUUCAACUAA